GGGAGGGAGAGAGACUGAGCAAGGAAGAGGAGGAGAGUGAGAGGAUUUUAGUUUGGAGUAAGUGAGAGAGAGAGGCAGAGUGGGGUCCAUCUCUCUCUCGCUCUAUCACUCUCAUUCAUGACCAGGGCAAGUUUACUGUGUGUUUAAUCUCACCAUCACUGAAGAUGUCUCCACGCAUUCCUCCCUGGUUCUUUGGAUUAUUUCUACUAGUCCUCCGGUUCUGCUGCCGUCACUCCUCUGCCUAUCAGCUGCUGGACGACCGUGGUUCUCAGGGAGCCUUGGACCUGACGGAGUUGAUCGGCGUUCCCCUCCCCCCCUCCGUCUCCUUCGUCACAGGUUUCGAGGGUUACCCGGCCUACAGCUUUGGACCGGAUGCCAACGUUGGCCGCCUCACAAAGUCCUUCAUUCCCGAUCCAUUCUACAAUGACUUCGCUGUCACGGUCAUCGCUAAACCCACCACGCGGCGCGGUGGCAUGCUGUUCGCCAUUACUGAUGCUUAUCAAAAAAUUGUACACUUAGGUAUAGCGUUGUCAGAGGUGGAGGAUGGUUCCCAGAGAGUUGUACUGUACUACACCGACCCAGGAACAACAGGUGGGACCCAGGAAGCAGCUUCCUUCAAAAUGGGAGACCUGACAGGAAGAUGGGCGAGGUUUACCCUGACUGUACAGGGGGCAGAGGUGCGUCUCUACAUGGACUGUGAGGAAUACCACCGAGUCGCCUUCACCAGGAGUCCUCAGCCUCUGACCUUCGAGGCCAGCUCUGGGAUCUUCGUAGGAAACGCUGGGGGUACAGGCAUGGCGAGGUUUGUGGGCUCCAUCCAGCAGCUGGUGUUGAAGUCAGAUCCCACGGCCCCAGAUGACCAGUGUGAGGAGGACGAUCCUUAUGCCUCUGGAUAUGGGAGUGGUGAUGAUGCUUAUGAAGACAUUGCAGAAAGAGAGGAAGUGAAGAAGGUUGUGGAGGAGAGAGAGUAUACCAUGCCCCUCCCAGAGCUGCACCCCACUUACAGCACCCCGGUUCAAGCUCCGCCCACUGAGAUGUCAAUCAGCUAUGAUGGUGAUGAUGAAGACAUAGAGGAGACUUCUGGACAGGAGGAGGAGAUGAUCACAGUUAGAGUACAAUCGCACCAGAUGACCACUCCUGCCUCCAUACUGGACACUGAAAUGAAUGAAAAAAUGAUUCAGUCAGUGAAUCUACCUAAUGAUCAGUCCCUCAAGGUGUCUCCGGGGCAGAAAGGGGAGCCAGGGGAGCCAGGUCCCCCAGGGCCCCCUGGCCCUCCAGGACGAACCUCAGGAGAGGGAGAGGGAGAGGGAGGGGAGCCGGGACCACGGGGUCCACAAGGGCCACAGGGAACUACUGGCCCACCUGGAGCACCUGGGAAAGAGGGACAACCUGGAAUUAAAGGUGAAGACGGUUUGCCAGGAGCUACUGGGAUUCCAGGAUUCCCAGGACUUCAGGGCGAGCCUGGUCCUAAGGGAGACAAGGGUGAUCCUGGUGUUGGAUUACCAGGUCCUCCAGGGCCUCCUGGACCUCCUGGUCGACCUAGCAAGUCUUCCAUGUUCCUGGAGGGGUCAGGAUUUGAAGACUUUGACAGUGAUGCAGAAAUUAUCAGGGGGCCUCCAGGGCCUCCUGGCCCCCCAGGGCCCCCAGGAACCCCAUCUGAGGGCAUGUUUCCUGGACCACCUGGGGCCCCUGGAAAAGAUGGAAAGGAUGGAGAGAUGGGUGAACCUGGACUCCCCGGAGUGGAUGGAAAAGAUGGGGAUGCAGGGCCUGCUGGGGAGAAGGGAGAAAAGGGAGAGCCUGGUGUUAGUGGGCAACCAGGACCAAAGGGAGAUGCGGGCCCUCCAGGUUUUCCAGGCAUUCCAGGGUCAGAGGGCCCAGAAGGGCAGCCCGGUCCCAGGGGUCCACCUGGCCCCCCAGGACCCCCUGGAAAAAGCUUCACCUUGGACUUUGAGGACUUGGAAGGAUCUGCGAUGCAGAGCGGUUUUGGAGCUACACUCUCCAAAGGCCCACAGGGUCCUCCAGGACUUCCUGGAGUUCCAGGACCCAAGGGUAAAGAUGGUUCAGAUGGCUCUCUGGGAGCGCCAGGGCAAAAGGGGGAUCGAGGUGCUCCUGGAGCACCAGGGCUUCAAGGACAGGAUGGGCUAAAAGGGGCAGAGGGACUGAAGGGAGACAAAGGUGAUCCAGGACAAAAGGGCGAGAUGGGACGCGACGGACUCAGUAUUCCUGGCCCUCCAGGAUCACCUGGACCACCAGGACCCAUUAUCAACCUCCAGGAUCUUCUACUUAAUGAUACAGAUGGUACCUUCAACUUCUCAGGGAUUUUUGAAGCUCAGGGAUCUGCUGGACCACAGGGUCCGAAGGGUGACAUUGGGUUGCCAGGUAUUCAAGGACCUCCAGGAUUGAAAGGUGAAAAGGGCGAGCCAGGAUAUGUCAUUGCAGCAGAUGGAUCGAUGCUCUCAGGCCUGGCUGGUCCAGUAGGGCCCAGAGGAGACAAGGGAGAAAGUGGUGUACCUGGAGCCCCUGGGAUUCCAGGACCUAUAGGACCAACAGGACCAAAAGGCGAAUUUGGUUUUCCUGGAAGACCUGGUCGUCCAGGCCUGAUGGGACCAAAAGGAGAGAGAGGGGACUCUGUUGGGCAGCCGGGACCUCCUGGGCCUCCUGGACCACCGGGCCGCCCAGGAAUAUUCAACUGCCCCAAAGGAACUGUGUUCCCCAUCCCUCCCAGACCCCACUGCAAAAUGGCUCACUACUCAGGGACACCAUAUUCCUGCAUGCUGCAUGUCAAGUCUGGCAUGGUCAGAGCUAAGUGCCAAAAACACAAUAAGCUCAAUCCCAAUGGAACCAUUGCAGUUGGUAACUGUCAGACGGGUCUAAAAGGAGAGAAGGGAGAGAGAGGCGUUUCUGGGAUACCAGCCCCACAGAAUCCGUUUCUUCCCAGAGGAGGCUGGGGGGAAAGAGGUGACCAGGGUAUCAAAGGGCAGAAGGGAGAUAAGGGGGAGGCCGGUAUGCCAGGGCUACCAGGUGUCCCCGGGAGACAAGGACUGGUGGGACCAAAAGGAGAGUCGGUGCUCGGUCCUCCAGGCCGCCCUGGCGUGCCAGGUUCACCAGGUAUCCCAGGCUAUGGGAGACCGGGUCCUGUCGGUCCUCCUGGGCCACCAGGGCCUCCAGGACCCCCUGGGUCACCCUCAAGAUAUGGCUCAGCUGUGACCAUCACUGGCCCCCCUGGACCUCCUGGACCACCUGGACCUCCUGGAUCUUCGGGGAACGCAGCAUCUCUGAAAACAUUUUCGACCCGGGAGAGUAUGAUGCAACAAACUGUCAGGGACGCAGAGGGAACUCUGGCGUACAUCACAGCAACAGGAAGUCUUUUCCUCAAGGUUUCCCAGGGAUGGAAAGAGAUACAGCUCGGCAGUAUGAUCUACCUCUCCAAUAAUAUCAUACCACAGGAUGAGCCUCGAGUCGCUUAUCAGAUAAGAGGAGACACGAUGGAAAGAAUAAGUUCAGUUAAAGAGAGGCUCAACUUGGUGGCCUUGAACCAGCCCCACUCAGGGGACAUGAUGGGACUUGAUGUGGCUGACCGGAUGUGUUAUGAGCAGGCCAAUGCGAUGGGUUUGGCUCCGAACUACAGAGCCUUCAUUUCAUCCCACAGGCAAGACCUGGUCCAUGUGGUCUACCCUGGUUUCCGUGAAAAUCUGCCAGUUACGAACCUCAGGGGAGACAUUAUGUUCAGGAACUGGCGAGCAAUUUUCAACGGCGAUGGAGGUCCAAUCAAUUCCAGGAUGCCCAUCUACUCCUUUGAUGGCCGGGAUGUGUUAGCUGACCCCUUCUGGCCUCAGAAGAGCAUCUGGCACGGCUCCAGCAGCAGGGGUGUCCGAGUGGUGGACAAACACUGCGAGACGUGGCGAGCGGACCACAUGUCCGUCAUGGGCCAGUCAUCCAGUCUGACCUCAGGUCUGCUCCUGGGCCAGCAGACGCGAAGCUGUUCCAACGAGUACAUCGUCCUUUGCAUCGAGACCCAUAAAAACCCUUAAGCCCCUCCCACAUCCCAUACCACUCCACCAAAGACCCCACCCCAGCCACCGUAAAUGUUAAACACUCGGGGAAAAGAUUUGUCGUUUUCAGCACAACAUUGGUGCUAUGUGUAGAAUUUUGUGGGUUUCAAAGCAGAGGACCACAUUUAACACCCCAAGAGGAUGUCAGUGCAUAUUUUUCACCUUCUCUUUUUUCUUUCUGAGGGGUGGAAAGUUUAAGAGGCAGUAACAAACUCUUGACAACAGCAAAGAUGUAUUCUGGGAAGGUAAGCUAACGUGACAUUGGUGCUACGCUGUGGACAUGAAUUAACUUUGUGGAUUUCUUGCAAAGCAAAUUUUGCACCCUAAAGGAAAUGUCUUUGUGCCGUAAAGCAAUAUGAUAGAUUUCCCAUUAACUCCAGCAUUGUGGCACAUAAUGUACAAUACAAAAAUUAUGUAAAACACAAAACAGCCAGUCUUCUUAUCAAUGAUCACAUUAAUUCAUGGCAAUAAUACAAUUCUCUUAAAGUGAAUGUAGUAAUGAUGUAUUAAUGUUAAAAUGAUACACGCAGCACCUUUAACCUCUUAUUAAAAUAAAAAGUUGCAACAAGAUUAGUUUGUCACUUUACAAGAAUCAAGCAAAGUAACACAAAUGGCUUCACAUAGUCACCGGGGUGUGUUGAGGAUAAGACGUCUCUUUUACGUUUGUCUUUUCGUCCUCCAAAAGACUGAAAGUAAAGACUGAGGACAUACGUGGCUGCAGGAAUCUGCACCUCUCCUGAAACAUGGCAGUUCUUACAAAUGAUAGAUUUCCAAAGACUUUUGCGAUAGAAGCAUAAAAAGGCUACUUUCAUUGUUUUGUUUACAGGUUGUCAUGGACGUUUUUUUUUAAAUAACUUUUUAUGAAUUUCAGGAGAAGUUUACUCAAUAUGUCAAAGGCCAGAACUUUCCACAACUUGCAUAGUCUCGUCCACCAACAGGACGACCAGACAACCAGUGUUGCCACCAAAGUAAUUUUUGAUGCACUGUACUUUGUUUUUUAAAUAUUUCUCAGUUCAACAUUUUCGUCUUUGAAUGUUGUUUGUGUUGUAGCUUUUCAUACACCUUGGUGUUCUCACUCCUUAGCAGCUCUUUCUCUUAAUAGGCUAUUUAAUUUAAAUUCCAUGAUUUAUUUAUACCGUCACAGCACAUAACAUGAAAUCAAAUUUAAGAAUGUAAUUUAUCGUUCGUUGUUUGUAAAAUGACUGUUUCUUCUCACUUUUUUGCCUUUCUUUUUGUACAGUUUUUUUUUUUUUUUUUUUGUAAGCUUGAUAGAUUUCUGAACAAUGAGGAUAAGUCAAAACCAAAUUCCACCUAGUGUAGGCAUACCAAUUGAAACAAGCAAAAAUAUUUUCAUGUUGAAAAAAAAAAAACCCCAAUAAUCCAUUAGGAAAUUUCAUGGGCAAAAGUGAGAGCACAUGUUUUUGUAUAAAUAUUGAUGCAUUGUUGAAUAAAGGUUUUUCUUUUCAUAA